GUGACCCUUUAUAAGUUUCCAAAACCCUAAAAGAAACAGGGUUAGGGCCUGGGGACCCGGGAUGGGGAACAGCACAUCGUCUUUGGGGAAGUCAGCAACUGCACCUGUGAGCCAGAUCCAAGAAACAAUUUCUGAUAAUUGUGUGGUGAUUUUCUCAAAAACAUCCUGUUCUUACUGUACAAUGGCAAAAAAGAUUUUCCAAGACAUGAAUGUUAAUUAUAAAGUGGUGGAACUGGACAUGCUUGAAUAUGGGAGCCAGUUUCAAGAUGCACUUUACAAAAUGACCGGUGAAAGAACUGUUCCAAGAAUAUUUGUCAAUGGAACUUUUAUAGGAGGUGCAACUGACACUCACAGGCUUCAUAAAGAAGGGAAACUGCUUCCACUAGUCCAUCAGUGUUACUUAAAAAAAAGUAAGAAAAGAAUUUCAGUGACUUAGGUACGAUGACUAGUAAACGUCAGUUAAAAUGAUGAUACUUAAUAAUGUCUUUUAAAUGAUGAUGACUUAAAUAUGUGAAUUAUCUUCAUGCAAUUAAAAAUAAUGAACAAUAAAUUCACUGUGGAAACCUCAUCUUUCUACUUGUCA